AUGUCCACGAAUCCGGCCGACGCAUAUGCUGAAAAGCUGAGACGCGAACAAGAAGCGAACCUAAUCAUAAUCGAGCGUCUGGAUGACAACGUUCUGGCAAAGUUACCAGAAGGAGUGGAGGUGGUCUCUGUGGUUCCUUCCGGGGCAAGUGCGUGGUGUAAGACGUUCCGGAUCGACGCGAGGCUGAAGAACGGCGAGAUCAAACCUUACUUUAUGAAGUAUGAAUCUGGCGAGCCUGGCCGACGUAUGAUGGAAGGCGCAUUCCACUCCGACUCGGUCUACUCCUCCUACGCCCCAGACAACAUGCCGACACCGGUUGGAUUUGGCGAGUUCAAAGAAGAGCCCGACACGUGGUUCUACGUCAGCGAGUUCCACGAUAUGGUGGACAAGCUACCGGAUGCUAGGGACUUGAUCAACAUUGUCGCCAAAGUCCACCGGGCUAGCAUGGGAAAGUCACCAACCGGCAAAUUCGGCUUCGCCGUGCCCACAUAUCUUGCCAACAUCCCAAACGAUAACACCUGGCAGGACACGUGGGAGAUAUGGUUCACGCAGGCCAUGCAGUCUAUGUAUGCAUUUGAGAAGCAGACACAAGGUGUAGACGAAGAACUGGACAGCCUCUUCGAUGGCCUCUGCAAGAAGGUCAUCCCGAGGCUUCUUCGGCCUCUAGAAACAGGUGGACGCUCUAUCGAGCCUUGCCUAGUCCACUCCGAUCUAUGGCCUGGCAACUGCAUGUUGGACGCAGACACUGGAGAGAUCAUGGUGUUCGACUCCUGUGCAUUUUGGGGUCAUAACGAGGCAGAUCUAGGCCCCUGGCGGGCGCCGCGAUAUCGGCUUGGGAGACCUUAUCUCAAGCAAUAUCAAAAAGUCAUGGGAAUGUCGGAGCCACAUGCUGACUGGGACGACCGCAACGCCUUAUACGCUUUGCGCUAUGAUUUUCUGGUCUCUGCCCUCUAUCCCAAUGAGACCAAGUUUCGCGAGAUGGCAAGAAGAGAGAUGAGGGCGCUUGUAGAAAAGUUCCCUGAUGGGCUGCAGGAAGAAGCCAAGCCAGUUGAGAACGAGUAUUAUGAUCAGUUAAACGCUGCAAAGCACUCCGGACAAAUGGAACUAGACCCUGAGAAUAAUGCUGGUAAGAUUGGUAGCAUUUUCAUCCGGGACUAG